CUGUCUUCCAUGGCGGAGAAGAACAGUGAGAAUUAGAACUAACCAACGAGGGGGAAAACACAUGCAAUGAAACUUGGUAGCUGCAAUAGUGCAUUUGCAUUGAGGGGAUUUUCAAACUCUGUCUGUAUUUGGGAAUUAGGAUUGUAAUGUUUGCAGGAUAGGGAAGCUGAUCCAUUUGCGAAAAAAUGAGUACUGCACAAGUUACUGCAUGCUUUCCUGGGAUUUAUGUGAAAAAUGCAUCUCAGUUGCACCAGCUUCAUCCUAAACCAUGUGUUUUACGGAUGAGUCUUGAUCCUUGCUCUAGCAUAUCGCUGAGCCUAAGACCAGAGACUUCAUUUGGCUUGAAAUAUUGGUCAAACUCAAAAUCUCGGCAACCUCUUCAUAUUUGCUUUGCCGGUGGAGAAGGAAUGAUGCAAAAUACUGAUGAGAGUUCCCCUUGGAAAUCUCUUGAGAAAGCUAUGGAAAGAUUUAAGGGACAGUCAGAGUCGAUUGAGGAUGUGUUGCGACAACAACUUAACAAAGGAGAAUACUACGAUGGUGGGGACGGUGGAGCAAAGCCACCAGGAGGAGAAGGAGGAGGAGGUGGUGGCAGUCCGGGUGACUCUGAUGGACCAGAAGAUGGAAGCUCCGAGGAGGGAACGUUGGGUGAUAGUAUUGAGUUUAUUUUGGCAACAUUUGGCUUUAUAUUUAUGUACAUUUAUAUCCUCGCUGGCGCAGAACUCACGAAGCUAGCUAGAGACUAUAUAAAGUAUUUAUUCGGCAGAAAGCCUAGUGUUCGACUGAGGAACGCCAUGGAAGACUGGGGGGAACUCUACCAGAGCCUGACACAAAAGGUAGACGUUGACGAGUAUUGGUUGGAAAAGACUAUUCUGGAUACCCCAACGAUGUGGCACGACCCUGAUGAUUACCGAGAAGCAAUUGACAAUUACUUGAGGGAACAUCCAGAGGUUAAUGUUUAUGAUUCAGAUGAUUCAGAUGAUGAUGAUGUUAAUGAAGCUGGUGAUGAUAAAGAAGAAUCAGAUUAGAUUAUUUAUCAUCACAUAUCAUGAAAGGAUUUCUGGAAAUUGUACUAUUAUGUCUUUGUAGUGUGAUGCCCCAUUGUUUUUGGCACAAAGCAUAAUGGAGUCAGGACACAAGUUAUGAAAUAGUGUAGUUUCUUGUGGUAAGAUUAUUCAAGUUA